ACACCUGCCACGCUUUGGAAACUCUUUGCAGAAACAACAAACCACUGCAGAAUUAAAAAAAAAAGACAAUUUUUUGACUUUGGACUAUAUUCCAGGCUUCAAACUUUGCACAGUGGUGGAGUGGUUACUGUCUGUUCUGACGUUCGUCCUCCCCAUGCUUGUGUGGGUUUUCUCUGGGUACUCAUCUUCACUGAAGACUCAACUGUAAAUUAUCCUGAAUGUGAGUGAGAAUGAUUGUUUAUCUAUCUUCAUCUGCCUUUUGGCGACGAGUACUGGUGUACUCCACCUCUCAGGUAAAUUUUUCUGAAAUAGACUCCAGCUCUCUCAUGACCCUAAUGUGAAUAAGAAAUGGAUGGAUAAAUGGAUAAUUUGACAAUUUGCCCUGAACAGCAACCUGUGUCCAGAAGGUUUCACGAAUGAAAAACUGACUUGACACGGUUCUAGUGGUUGUGUGUAGUGAGCAGGUCCACAUAUGAAUUCACCUGACAGUUGACCUGAUCCACCUUACCGUAACCUCCUUGUGGUUUCGGCUCUCCUCAGAAAGUGAAUCAGAGUGUCCUCCUGAAAGGUUGCCAGUGUCCUCUAGUGGCCGCCUCCAUACUGUUCGAUGGUCAUCAGGGCCCUGCCCCUUUGGCCCUAUCCUAAAGUGCCCCUGGUCCUUGUACUUGAAUCGGCAGCCUCUUUCACACAGUUUCUGGUAAUGAUGAUUUAUAGCUUAAGUCGAUCAAGACGUUUUCAGCCUUUGCCUUUCACACAGAACAUUGGGGUAUAGUUGUGUAUUGAAACAUAAGAUCAUUGGGAAGAGUUUAGAGUUCAGUUCAAAGAUCUGCUUGAAUGAGUCAAGCAUUUGCCUUUUAUGAAGUCUUUAUCAUAUGCGUUGACCUAUGGCUCAGGAAAAGAAAUUAUGACAUAUGAAAUCCUCCCUGCGACUGGAGGUUAGUCCCAAUAAUUGAGCAUCUCGGUCACAAAGAGAAGAGAUUAUGUGGAGUUGUAAUAGUCUCAAACCAGAUUAGCAGACCAUCUGCUGUUGUCAAAUCAAUUACUGGUUGAGAUGAUUUAAGGGAGAACCACUCAUUAACUGUUUUAUCAUGAACUCUUUCUCUUAACAAACAUUGAAUGCAAAAAAAGGUGUUUUGUGGUUUGUCUGCUGGUUCACGUGAUAGCACACAAAUCAUGGGUACUUUGUUGAAAUAACAAUAGGAAGGUUCUCGAAGUGGACUCCUCAUUGAAAAAAGUGCAUUUUUGAAAAUGUUUUUUGUGUGCGGAGUAAUCCUUCAUGUUCAUCCUGCCUACUUUCACCAAACCAGAUUAAUUUAAUCUUUGGACGUCCAAAUGCCAUCGUGUACUUUUUAUGUAAUCACAUUACGCUCUGAUUCUUUUGUCAGAAAAUGAGAGUCCAGCGACAGGUGGAUGCUGCUUGUACAAAAAAUAAUCUGAUGUAAACAAACAUAACGUUUAACCACCUGGCCUCAUUUCACCUUCUUUCAGUCAAGUCACAAGACUGACAUUCAGUGGCACGUCAUCAUUGAAAUAGAAGUACAGUACAAGUCCAAGUCAGCCUGCCUCAAAGACACCUUGGCAAUGGCUCCACAGACCCAAGUCUUGAACCUGCGAACUGUUCCAGUCACAAAAACAGAUCUGCUUCAUUAAUGUCAUGAAACAAAUUGCUUCGCAUCUGAGGGCAGCAAGGUUGUCGUGUGGUGAUGAUUCGGGGUUGGAAUCUGAGCUCGGGACUUUUCAUGCCCAAAAACAUGCACGUUCGCUCCAUUCAAGACGCGAAAUUGUCGAUACUUGUGUGUGUGGGUAGGAAUGUUUGUCUGUCUAUAUGUGCUCUGUGAUUGGCUGUCGACCAAUCCCUUGUUUGUCUUUAUGUGCCCUGAAAUUGACUGGCAACCAGUCCACACUUCUCUUGCCAAAAGUCAGCAGGGAUGGGGCCCAGUUCACUGGUAACUCUGAACUAGGAAAUGUAUGGCAAAUCGUUUGAGCAUUUAUUCAAUAUCCUACUAGUGGGCUGAAUUGUCAAUAUACUAGUAUGCUUUUUGUCAUCAUUAGAAAGACAGCUCAGCACAGUAGUAGAAUGAUUAGGAUGCACUAAUAGAACGACUAUGUCUGCAUGGCAUUUCUGCACACUAGUAGAACAACUAGGGUGCACUAUUCAGACAACUUCAUGUUACUAGUGAGGCAAAAUUGCGUACUAGUUGACAUCUGUGCUACUAAUGUUCCGAAUGAAGCGCUAGAUGUAAACUAAUAGAAUUUUAUCAUAUUACUAGUCGUACUAGUCCUUCUACAAGUGUGCUGAGAUUUUCUUACAGGUGAGGAGAAAGGCCAUCCCAGGACAAGGACAAUUGGUUGUUGUCCUACCAGUGCGCCAUAAUAGUUCUACUGGAACACAAAAAUGUAGUAGAAAGCUGCAAAAGAAUCAUCACUGGUGAUAUAGUUACUAUAUUAGUGUGUCCUAGUCCUGCGAGUGCACUGAAUUGUUUUACAAGUGAAGGAAAAGAGCAUACUAGUACAUGGACAAUUCAGCGCACAUCGAAGAUACCAAGUUAAUGCUUAAUCUCUGUAAAAAUGGAUGUAUGGAUGGAUGAUGUUUGGGUUUUCCAUGUCCAAGUCUGAAGCAAUUGGUUGAUCUUGUGGCUGCUGGCAGGCAGCGUAUAAAAAACCUUGCUGUGGAUUAUAAUGUCAGAUGGCUGUAAUCUGUCCUUUAUGAAUAUGAUGAAAGGAAGUCAGGCGUAUAAUUUGCCAUUUGUGACGGACGAUACGGCGGGCAAGAGGUGGAGUGCCGUAGAGGCGGCGAGGAGGCACAAACGAGAGGAUGAAUCCUUAAAGGAAGAUCGGCAACAGUGGCGGCUUGCGUUUCUUGACAACCACGGAGCCUCCACAGCAACAGGAUUAUGAAGAUUUGACGCAUUUGACGGGAGGCGAAAGACAGUGGCCGUGUGUCAAAAAUUGGGAUUAGUUCCCCUUGUCGGUUUCCGGCCUGGACCAUGAGGCUGGAGCGCGGACGGCGGGCUUCUCUGGCGCUCACCCUCAACUUCGUGGCGUUCGCCUUUGCCCUGUCGGCCGUCACCACCAGCUACUGGUGCGAGGGCACGCGGAAGGUGGCCAAGCCCUUCUGCACCGGGCCGCCCAUCAAGAUCAAGCAGUUCUUCUGCAUCCGCUUCAACAGCUCCAACAUCAACGACAGCCGCCUGGUGCAGUAUAUAUUUGAGACCGGGGAGGAGAAGUUCCUGCUCAAGAAGUUCCACACCGGGAUCUUCUUCUCCUGCGAGCAGGCUGCCGACAUGAACGGCUUCGACUGUCGGGACUUCUCUGAGAUCGCACCGGAACACGAACGAGGGGUCCUGUGGCUGUGCAUCGUGGCCGAGACCUUGUACUUGACGCUGCUGUUUGCAGGCGGCACCCUGAUGACCUUGGAGCAGUGUCCUUGUUUCAGCGUCAUGAACAAACUCAAGCUGAGUGCCUUCGCCGCCUUGUGCACUGCAUUAUCAGGCCUUUGUGGGAUGGUGGCCCACAUGAUGUUCACCACCAUUUUUCAGCUGGCUGUGGCCAUGGGUCCAGAAGACUGGAGGCCCAAGACAUGGGACUACAGCUGGUCUUAUGUUCUAGCGUGGGGAUCGUUCGGCACCUGCAUGGGCUCGGCGGUGACGGCACUCAACCGCUACACAAAGACCAUAAUCGAGUUCAAGUUCAAGCGGAGGAACAUCGAGAAAAGCCUGCUAAUCAAGCAGAAGCUGCUGGAGCUGGAUCUCCCCGACCACAUGUGGUACCUGACGGCCGACGCAGAGGCACCGCCGGAGUUGCCACUCAAUGGCCACAAGCCACCCACGGGGGCCACAUACACCCUGGAAAUGGACCAUGUGGCUGAGCCGCAAGGAGAGGCCUACUGUUAGAAGCAGAGGUGGAGGGACUCUGAUUUAAGUCGCCAAUUUUAGGACUUGGGACUUGUGUGACUAAAAUUGAUGAAAAACUCGACUUGACUUGGGCUUUGUUCGUAAUCGUUCACUCAUUCCCUAGUUCCCUAAAAAGUCUACAAAAAAAUAAACAAUUAACUUAGAUACAAAAUACAUUUUUAUCUGAUACAUUUUAUUCGAUUGAUUAAUGGAAUAACUGAUAAUAAUAAAAAAUUGAUUCAAAAAUAUCAGUGACAGCCCUAAUUCCCUAAACCACUGAUAUGGUUGACUCUAGGGCCGAUAUGAUUAAUCCAAUACUCCUCAAUCACUAUAUAGGGAUUUUGAUAAAGUGGACUAUAUGCUGAAGUUUAUACAUCAGUCAAAUGAAAUAUAGUUUUGGAACACCCCCUAGGCGCAGUUAAUCACGUCAUUGUGUUUGUAUAAUUACAAUGUAUCGUAUCAAUGUCAUUCCCUAAUAAGUACUCAACAAAUAAAUCAAUUAUAAUUCCAAAAUAUUGGGACAAACAGAAAAUAGUUUUUCUGUAUAAGCACAAUCUAUAAUUGCCCUAUUCACUGUUUUGUGCACAGGCCAAAGCCCUGUCUAAUAUAAAAGUAUUGCUUUGGUGUCGUCUUGGUGCCAAGGAACUAUGUUGUAGCAAGUGGAGGCGCUUCAGUUCGAAAAAAGUAGUCCUUUGCUGAAAUCUUGUGUAGUCUUGGUGCCAAGGAACUAUGUUAACGUGAAUUAAGGAAUUUCAUUCACAUGAAUGUUGCUGCCAUCCUGAAAAGGUAACAACUCACCAGCACGCUGUAAUGCAGAAUUAAGAGGCCACUUCAUGACGGAAUAAUGAUUAUUACAUUCCAAUUCAAGAAAUAGGCUAUGUUUUGAUCAAAUUGGGAAUAGGAGAAUGACAACAUGCAAGGUAAACAAGAACACGUUUGGAACCAUUUGAAAAACGUUUGGACUUGCUUGAGACUUGAAGGUUAAGACUUGAAUUUUCACUCACACAUUUGUGACUUACUCCCACCUCUGGCUUGAAGAUCACCCACUGGCCCACUGGAACACUUUUUGAUGGGCGGCUUUUCUCGAACCCGAUUGACUGUUGGAUUUAAAAAUGUAAUAAAAAAAAAAUGUAGUUGCGUGUGUGUGUAUGUGUGUGUGUAUCCUUGUGGAAAUAAUGUAACCCGCUCGGCUUUGAGACAACAUGCAUCUCAUCAAAUCUUGCCCAUGUGAUCAUGUGAUCGCAUAAGAGGUGGGAGGAGGAAAGGCCGGCGUUGUCUUCACACUAAGCUACAGCAGGCCGCCUCUUUUACCUCGAUUUGUGCACAUGACUGUUUGGAUGCUUCGGCAUGUGGUGGACAAUGAUGACGGAAGUCUAGAGAAGAAUGGGACUGAACACGUUUUUUCUUCUUCUUCUUUUUGUUCUUUUUUUUUGCAGAGAACAACAUGCUGAUAAUUUUUGGUUCAUUGUGCAGCUGAAAUGUCCAAGUGAUCCACGCCUCAUGAUGACACAUAAAGGACAUUGUGACACGCGCAUAUUGCAAGAAAUAUUAUUGAUGCUCAUAAUUGCCAUUGUUGUUCAUGAAUUUUACACAAUUAUUUUCACAGUCUGCUCAUGCAACAAUAAAGAAUGUUUUAUUUUACUAUUUUAUUUAAAAUAAACCAAAAUAGACUAAAGGAAUAAUAAAAUUAAAAAAUCCAAAUAAAUAAAAUGUAAUAAACUCAAUGAAUAAAUACCUUUCAAUCAAUCAAUUUUAGGAAAAAGCUGCUAAAUUAAUGUGACAAAUAUAACAGUAUUAUUGGUUACGUAAAUGCUAU